GCGAAUGAUGACGCCGGUCUACGGUAAUUCGUAUAGGUACAUUGUACUUUUUCAUUCAUUCGUGUAUCGGAAUAUGCAUUCAGUUCAAAUUUUGACCUCUUGUGAGCAAGUUAUUCAUCUGUUCUUUGAUUAAGCAUGAGUUUUCUGAAGCGAGUUGCUUCAUGUUCGUUAGUGCUGGUAGUAUUGACCAUUGUGUAUUUGAUUUUGAUCUGGCUAUGGCUUGGAUUCGACCAUAUACCGAACAAACUACAUGAUGUCAGCACAUUGAGGAACGCCACCUACGAUUUUAUAAUAGUUGGAGCUGGGACAGCAGGCUGUGUGCUGGCGAACCGCCUUUCCGUCAAUCCGAAUGUGACGGUUCUUCUCGUGGAAGCUGGGGACAUUUUCGGAGCAACCUCGAUUGUUCCAUUAUUCAGCACGGCAAUGCAACAAACCAGCUACGACUGGGCGUUUCGCACCACUCCUCAAAAAUACUCAUCCCAUGGACUAAUCAAUAACCAACAAUUCUUACCACGUGGUCGUGGGCUAGGCGGAUCGGGACAAAUUAACUACAUGUUGCACUUCACCGGGAUUAGAGAGGAUUUCGAGCGGUGGGAGAAGUUGGGAGCUUUAGACUGGGGGUACGAGCAAAUGAAGCCCUACUUGGAACGACUUGGUCGAGGAACGGAAGACGGGAAUCAACAAGAGCUUUGCCUAAAAGAAUUGAGAGGUGAUGACAUUUUCAAGCCAAAUCAAUACCCAUCAAUGAUGCCAGCAAACGAUGUCAAAUCGGAAUCGUUCAACUUCUGCGCGAAGACAGCUUCAUCUUGCACUUCUGAUCGUCGACCAAAAUUGCACAUAACGACUGUCGAUCCGGAAGAGAACCACCUGGCUAAAGCCUUCACGGAAGCCCCCAAAUUCCUCGGACAUGAGCACAACUUCAACGCAGCUCGAUACACCAUUCGGAACGGUAUCCGUUGGAGCAGCUACCACGAAUACCUGCGCCCGGCAUUCAACCGACCAAAUCUACAUGUUCUAACUGAAACCAUGGUUGAACGAGUAGUUUUCGAUCCUCAGAAACGUGCAUCUGCAAUUGUCGUUAAGAUGUCCAACAGUAACGACUCCUUCGAGAUAAAAGUCACAAAAGAAGUGAUCCUCAGCGCGGGUGCCUUCCAAACUCCGCAGAUAUUAAAACUUUCCGGAAUUGGUCCGGCUAUCGAGCUCAAACGCCACCGCAUCCCCAUCAUCCAUGACUCGCCUAACGUCGGGCAGAAUUAUUUCGAUCACCUAAAUCUACCUCUAUUCGUCUCAAUCAGUGCCACCGCAAGUGUCACGUUGAACAAAAUUCUUCAUCCCCGGACCAUUCUGGACUACCUGAGCACAGGAACGGGUGUACUUGCUACAACCGCCGUUGCCGGUAUCGGAAGUCUCCGUGGAGGUAAAUUUGGCAUAAUCCUUUUCGGUAUGGGAAGUGUCGAUGAGCAAGCCCUGCGACACGUGUCCAACAUGCGACAGGAUGCGUUUCGAGCACAUUUUCCACUGUAUUACAACACCAGCCAGGAAGGAUUUCUCUUCCUGAACACGUGCCAUCAACCGAAAAGCCGGGGCGCUAUUUUUCUGCGCGAUCAAAGAAUUGAUUCUCACCCGUUUAUCAACCCCAACUACUUGAAGGAUCGUUACGACGUGGACUGCAUGAUCGCAGCCAUUCGGCUGGCGGCGAGAACAGUAGAUAGUGAACCGUUCCGUCGGAUGGGAGCCAAACUGUAUUGGCCAAAGGUGAGGCAGUGCUCCAACUUUGGACCCUUUGAGGAGGACUUUCGAACCAACCGACCAAGCGAUCGGUAUCUGGAGUGUAUUUUACGUGUCUCGGCAUUGACCGGGCAUCAUCCGGGCGGCACGGCUGCCAUGGGAUUGCAUUCGGAGGCGGUCGUUGAUAAUGCUUUGAGGGUCAAUGGGGUCACCGCUUUGCGGGUAGUCGAUGCAAGUGUGUUUCCAGCACCGGUUUCAGGGACUCCUAAUUCGGUGGUAAUUGCUGUUGCAGAAAAAGCCGCUGACCUUAUCACGAAGUGUUGCACCGAAAAUUGAUACUAGCAGUGUCUUUAAUUAAAUGUAGGUAAGUAUCCAUGUUUUUGUAGCACCCAGC